AUGAUACCUCGGGUAAGACCUUGCUGGGGCGAAACGAAAGAUGAGCACAAAAAGGACGAGGAUGAGAAGGGUGUCGACCAUGCCGGGAGGGGCAAGCGUAAGGUUUCUGCUUCUGACGGUAAAGGUUCUCCAUCACCUGGAUCUCCUCGGCCUACAAAGAUAUCUGCUACGGAGAAGACGAUGUAUGAUGCACUCCGCAAAUGCACUCGCACUAUGGCCAUGAAACUCAUGGACUCUCGCGAUUCACUUCCCAAGUAG